UGAAUUUUCCAAAAUAUUUACCAGAAAACAUAAUAAAAUUUAGUAAAAACUAAACAUAAACCAUCAAAAUGUCGAAUACGCAGCGUUCUUUUGCCCAAAAGUUGUCGAAGACUCAUGCAACGGAUGUGCGUAAAAAUGUGGUCAAUUGUCACAUGCACACGAAGACGACCGAUACCUCGUCAAUGUGUUCAUCAACGCUUUCUUUGACUGAACCGGUUGAGCCAUUGGACUAUGAGGAAUUUCUAAAUCAACAUAUGAAUAUAUUAAAUCGAGACCCCUUGAAGCAUAUAUUAGAUUUUCCUCCAGCUGAUGUUACCGUCAAGACUGUGCCACGUAAAAUCCGAACUUUGGAGCACAUUACGCCCGAGGAAAACAUCGCUGAUUUGCCUCAACAUGUACAAGAAUGCGUUAACUGUUAUGUGCGUCCUUGGAAAGUUGUGGAAUAUGCUCAACGCCAUUAUUCCAGCUCUUGCUGCACUCGAGAACGUAUUGAUCGAGGCACAAUCAGCCCUUCAGCAUAUCAACAAGAAUUCGAAAUUGAUAAAGAUUUUGCUUCAUUCGAUGAAUCAUCGCUGACUGACCACAGCAGCUGCACACCCAGUUCACGUCAAUCAAUAGCAAGCCUUUCUUCGGUGAGCUCUUGUACUGAUACUCUCACUCCACGUGGUUCCUGGGCUAGUUUCGAUUUGAGACGAUCCAUUAAUGAUCCUUUAAUACCAAGUUUAUUGGAUGAUUUACCACCCGAACACGUUGACCAAGCUAAUGAGAUAAAAAGACAAGAAGAUCGGCAAGAAGCUCUAUUCUCUCUGUAUCCAGAGGCAGAAGCUGAAGAUUUGAUCGAGAGACGUUUGCCGGCAGAAAUACCUAUUGAGCACGUUGGCCAUAGAAUUUUUGUCAAAUGUUUACAAUUGCGUUUGGAACUAGAAGUUGAACCAAUAUUUGCCUCCAUGGCCAUAUACGAUGCUAAGGAGAAGAAGAAAAUAUCUGAAAAUUUUUAUUUCGACAUGAAUUCGGACUGCUUAAAACGCAUGCUAAGUUCCCACGUACGAUGUGCUGAUGUCAGUACACAGAGUCGGUCUGCUAUUUUCGAAAUUAGUUAUCCUAGCAAUGAUCUUUUUUUGGUAAUACGCUUGGAAAAAGUUUUACAAGGCGACAUAAAAGAUUCGGUAGAACCAUAUCUCAAAGACGAUAAAGAUAAGUGCCGUGAAAAAGCCAAACAAAACGCGGCUGAUUUCUGCGAAAGAUUGGGAAAGUAUCGCAUGCCUUUUGCAUGGACUGGUAUCUAUUUGACCAAUGUGUUUAAUGGCGACAAUUUUGAGGGCAAGGAGGGAAACUGUGCUACAUUAGAAAGAGAAAGCGGCGGCGGUUCCUUAUCUGCUGCAAUUAGUUCUAACAGUUUGGAUCGCAAGUCAUCUACUAGUAGCUUUGAUCAGUUGCGACGAAAAGCAAAUGAUAUGAGCGGAACUUUAACACGUCGUGGAUCUCUAGAACGCAAAGAAAAGCGACGAUCUUGGUCUCCUGAUGAUUUCGCUAAUGUAAUCGAAUCAUUUCGUCCCAUUACGAUAACAGUAUCCAGUUUCUUUAAGCAGGAGGCAGAUAAAAUGAAAGACGAAGAUCUUUAUAAGUUUCUGCUGGAAUUAAAGAGACCCAGUUCGGCGAUGAAAAAAUACAAAUGUAUACCAGGUUCAAUAAGAUUAGAAAUAUCUCCGUGCCCAGAGGAUAUAAAAAAUGCUCUUACCCCUGACCUAGCUAAGGUUUUACCCUUUGUUGAUGAUAAUACGAGACCAAUAAAGGAGAUUUUAGAACUUCCGCCUAUGGCUAUUUAUAAUCCCCACUAUACAUAUCGUAAUCUGGUGUUCGUGUCUCCGAAAGAAUUGAAUUUCUCCUCACGUGCAGGGUCAGCAAGAAAUAUUGCUGUAAAAAUACAACUGAUGGCUGGUGAAACGCAAAACGAUGCGAUUAACGCAAUAUUUGGGAAGUCAUCUAGCCCUGAAUAUUCCACUGAAGCUUUUACAGCGGUUAAUUAUCAUAAUAAGUGUCCAACAUUCUAUGAUGAAAUUAAGAUUGCCUUGCCAGCGAAUCUCAAACAAAAUCACCAUCUCUUUUUUACUCUAUAUCAUGUGUCGUGUCAGAAGAAGCCUCAAGAGACGCAAGUGUCCGUGGAAAGCCCUGUUGGCUAUACUUGGCUACCUUUAUUGGAGGAUGGGAAAUUAAAAGUGGGAGAAUUUCAAUUACCGGUUAUGGUGGAAUUACCCCCUGAAAACUAUUCGUUUAUACCGCCAAAUGUUCAUUUACCCGGGACAAAAUGGCUCGAUAAUCAUAGACCAGUUUUCACCAUUACGAUAGAGGCAGUAACUUCAGUGCAUACAUUGGACGCUUACUUGGAUCGUUUCUUUUUAAUGUGCGAAUAUUUGGAUUCACGGAAAAUACCCGCCCGAAUCGGCGAAGCGAAUAUGGAAAACGAAAUGAAAAAAUGCUUACUAGACAUAGCCAACGCAGAGCGCGAACAUUUGGUUAAAAAUCUACAUUUAGUUUUGGAUAAAUUGAUCGAAUUGCUAAUCACCACCUACAAGAUAGGUGGUCAAACUUUGUCUUUGGGUUCUACUGUAUUUGAAGUGUUGUGCUUGGUAUCGGCACAUUUGGCGAUACUAAGCGAUGAUUUAAUAGUUGAUCAAUACGGGAGACAGACGUUACUCGCAACAUACGUGCAAUUUCAAAGUAAAAUUCCUCAUCCGUUUUGCAACAAGCGACGCAUAACUUGCAGCCGCAGCAACAACGAAGAAAUUAACACUACGUCGUUUGCAGACACUUAUAGUUUGUAUGACAAUGUGUUAACCGGACGCAGCUUAGAUCAAAUGACUGUGGAAAUGUCGCCAACAUUUAUAGGACGUGACGGUCAAAUACGUCUUUUACAUGAAGAGCUGGCACUUCAUUGGGUAGUGGCAAGCGGUCGUGCUGCUGAACUGGGAAUGAGCAAUUCUUGGUUUUUAUUCGAACUUAUCGUUAAAUCUAUGGUAGAGCACCUGGAUUUGGCCCGCUGUCUACAAGCGCCCCGUAAACAAAGGUUUCCUCACCAAUUCACCGAUGACAUUUCCACUUUAGUUCAUCUAGUUACCACUAAAGUUGUUGGCUACCAUAGUAGUGAACCAAAAUUGGCUCAAUCAUUAAACGCUAGCCUCAGUUUCUUCAUCUUCGAUUUAUUCAGCAUUAUGGACCGUGGUUUUGUAUUUGGUCUCAUUAAAACUUACUAUAAAGUGCUAAUAUCGAAAAACGCUUCUAUACCGGAUUUAAUGAAUUACAAAAUAGAUUUCUUACGUAUUGUAUGUAGUCAUGAGCAUUAUGUAGCUCUAAAUUUACCAUUUGCUACGCCAUACACUACAAUCUCGGCUCCUUGUAGUCCAACGCCAAGUACUACAUCCAAUCACAGCAUUACCUCCUAUAGUUCCAUUGAACGAGCUUUACAUGCCGAUUUGAGUAUAGAUUUCAGGCAGCAACAUUUCUUGGUGGGUUUAGUUCUUAGCGACUUGGCUACCGUUUUGGAAGUUCCGAAUCCACAGCUUCACGGUAAAGCUAUACGCUGCAUACGGAAUCUAAUGACCUCGCACGACUUGGAUCCUCGCUAUAGCGAUUGUGAAUCGAGAGCUCGCGUCGCCUCACUCUAUUUACCCCUGCUCAGCAUAGUUAUGGAUGCUAUACCGCAAUUGCAUCAGUAUUUGACCGAUAGCAAUGAUCGGCUUCACAGCGUUGGUCUACUCGACGACUACCAGGGACCGCAUUCGACUGUAGCGACCACCACUAUUAGCCCUGAAAUAGCUUACGCCAUUUCCGGUUCACGUCCUUAUGCUUACAUGUCAGAUCAAGUAAAAAAUAAAUCACCUCUAAGCAGUGAAAAUACUCGCCACUUGCUCGCUUGCUGUGUAUGGAUUUUAAAAAAUUUGGAGAAGACUAUUUUGUAUCGCUGGCUUUUAGGGCUUUCGCCGCAUCGCGUUCAUCAAAUGCUGCAAGUUUUAAACACUUGCAUACCUUGUUUCGAAUACAAAGGUCAAAAACGCUUGCCCGUCUUAAAACGCAAUACGCAGAGUUUCCGCAAGCCUACAGAUCUCAAAGAAAAGCUUGAGGAAUGCAUACGUGGUACUAACUCAGCACGGUAUGAUUUAAUUAAUCGGCGUAAAGAUCGUAAUUCCACGGAGAAAUUCCGCUGGCGGAAAGACCAAAUGCCUUAUCGAGCUCAAUUUUAUGAUACCAUUACGAAACAAGAUCCUGAACUCGAACUGAACUACUACAUCGAGGGAUCCUUGGCAACCGAGUGUACUUUAAUUACUUUGGAUUGCUUGGAAAUAAUAGUGCAGGUGGCCACUAAUUCGGAAAUACAUCAUAACUUAUUAGGCACCGUUCUAAAAGUGCUGUUGCAUGCAUUAUCCCGCCAUCAAAGCACUUUGGCGUUAAAGAACCUUUUCGCCUCGCAAAGGGCUUUAAUUUUUAAAUUCCCGAAUUUACUUUUCGAUGAGGAAAACGAUAUUUGUGCUGAUUUAUGUUUGCUACUAUUGAAGCAUUGCGGUUCCCAGCUGCCGAACAUUAGGUCACAAGCAGCCGCAUCCUUAUAUCUAUUGAUGAGGCAAAAUUUCGAAAUCGGCAAUAAUUUCGCCCGGGUUAAGAUGCAAGUAACAAUGUCGUUAUCUUCAUUGGUUGGCACUAGCUCAGUAUUUAGCGAGCAAAGUUUACGGCGAGCUCUAAAGACAAUAUUAGUUUACGCUGAAUCUGAUACCGAUUUGCAAGACACGUCAUUUCCGGAACAAGUGCAAGAUUUAUUAUUCAAUUUGCACAUGAUUCUGUCAGAUACUGUGAAAAUGAAAGAAUAUCAAGAAGAUCCCGAAAUGUUACUUGAUCUCAUGCAUCGCAUAGCCAAAGGUUACCAAAACAAUCCUGAUCUACGGCUGACUUGGCUUGAAAAUAUGGCCAAAAAACAUCGCGAACGUUCUAAUCACACGGAGGCCGCCAUGUGUUUCGUGCAUUCAGCUGCCUUGGUAGCCGAAUACCUUAGUAUGCUGGAGUCACAACCUCACCUGCCAGUGGGAGCGGUAAGUUUUCAAAAGGUCACACCUAAUGCUUUGUUGGAAUCAGCGGUUUCUGACGACGUUCUUAGUCCCGGAGAAGAUGGCAUUUGUUUGGGUAAUCAUUUUACUGAGUCGGGAUUAAAGGCUUUGCUAGAAGAAGCGGCCAACUCAUUUCAGAUUGCUGGCAUGUAUGAAGCAAUGAAUGAGGUUUAUAAAAUCUUAACACCGACAUGCGAAGCCAAUAGAGAUUUUCAGAAAUUAGCUAAAAUUCAUGGUAAACUGCAAGAAGCUUUCAAUCGUAUAGCGCAGCUGCAAGGUAAACGGGUUUUUGGUACCUACUUUCGGGUCGGUUUUUAUGGUUCGAAAUUCGGCGACUUAGAUCAGCAAGAAUUCAUCUAUAAGGAGCCUACGUUAACUAAACUACCGGAGAUAUUUAGUCGUCUACAGAAUUUCUAUGCUGAUCGUUUUGGUCCAGAUUCAGUUCACAUUAUUAAAGAUUCCAAUAUGGUGGAUGUAAAUGGUUUGGACCCAGAUAAGGCGUACAUUCAAAUAACUUAUGUGGAACCCUAUUUCGAAAAUUACGAACUCAGACAUCGCGAAACGUAUUUUGAACGCAAUUUCAAUAUAAAGCGUUUCAUUUAUGCCACACCUUUCACGAAAUCUGGUAAAGCACACGGCGAGUUGCACGAGCAAUGUAAACGUAAAACCAUUUUAACAACGGCGAAUCAUUUCCCUUACGUCAAGACACGUAUACAAGUUAUUAGUCGUCAAAUAAUUAUAUUGGAACCGAUUGAGGUAGCCAUUGAAGAUAUACAAAAGAAAACUUUAGAAUUGGCUGCUGCGACCAAUCAAGAGCCGGCCGAUCCCAAAAUACUGCAAAUGGUUUUGCAAGGCUGCAUUGGAACGACGGUAAAUCAGGGGCCAAUGGAAAUGGCGACCGUGUUUUUGUCAAAUCUUUCCGACGGCGUCAGCAUACCCACUAAGCAUCAAAAUAAGUUACGUUUGUGUUUCAAGGAAUUUUCGAAACGUUGCACCGACGCCUUGAAGAAGAAUCGCAAUUUAAUCUUAUCCGAUCAAAAAGAUUAUCAACGAGAGCUAGAACGUAACAAUGAACGUUUCGUAGAACGUCUAACGCCAUUGAUAACGCUAACAGCUACUCAGGCACUGGGCGUUGUCAAAGCUAAUGCUAAUAAUAAUCGUGGCACUCCUUUGAAAUGGUAAAUUUAUUUGUUUCACGACAAUUUUGAUUCAAUUCUUUACUGACUUUUCAUGUUAAAAAAAAAGAAAACUAAUCUUUGCAUCAUUUUUCCUCAAAUUUAUUUUAUGUCUGUUCAACGGGAUGUUAUUUAAACUAUUUACCAUUAAUACUUGUAGCGUUUCGGAUUACUUUAAGUAAUUUUUCAUUAAAAUUAGGCAUGUUUCUUAAUAAUUUCUAUAUGAUAUUUUAUUAAAGAAUUUGUACUUACACAUUUUGCUUUAGAUAUAUAAACGAAAAAAAAAAAAGUAAGCGUACAAUGUAUUAUCAGCGUAGCACUACAAAUUUGCAAUUUA